UGACAGGUGAGCUCAGAAGUUCCUGCUGCAGAGAAGAAAACCCAACCAGACCUGAACAUAUGCUGAUCAGCUGCAGAGGCCUGAAGACAAACAGACAUGAUCCCUUUUUCUCUCUGAGGAACUGACCAAUCAGCAGUCAGGAUGAUGCCCAAGCAGCUGGCCCAGACGUCUCCAGGAAGUGUGUUGUCUCUCAGAGGAACCAGUGUUCCCGGAUCCCCUGCUGCUGCCAUCGUGGCUCGGGUGGAGGACGGGGUCAUCGGCUACAAGGACCUGGCAGCGUUACCCAGAGACAAAGCCAUCCUGGACAUCGAGCGACCAGACCUGAUGAUCUACCAGCCCCACUACAGCUACAGCCCCCUGGAGAGGUCCUUGUCUCCUCGCUCCAUCUCUCCUCCUCCCUCCCCAGAGAACCUGUACAAGGAGUCCAGGGAGUGGCUGGAGAGCCGAUCGCCUGGAGGUUCCUCGCCUGGUUCCACCAUCCAGACCAGCAGAACCCACAGCACACACACACCGCCGACACCACAAACACCGAACACGCCAAACACACCCAACACACCCAACACGCACUCCUCUGGUACGAAGAGCGCCGUGCAGCACUUCCACCGACCCGAAAACGGCUCCAACAUCUACAAGAAACCUCCCAUCUACAAACAAGAUGUGUCAUCCUCUGCCGUCCCUCAGGGGAAACACAUCGAAGAUCUGAUCAUCGAAUCCUCCAAGUUUCCAGCAGCUCAGCCUCCAGAUCCAAACCUGCCCUCCAAGAUCGAGACCGACUACUGGCCCUGCCCCCCCUCCCUGGCUGUGAUUGAGAAGGAGUUGAGGAGGAAGGACCAGAGGGAUGAAGAUGAGGACGAGGAUGGAGAGCUGGAUGAUGAGCUGUGGGGCCUCAGAGCGCUUCAGAAACAAGAACUCAACAAGAUUCAGUCUAAUCUUGGAAAAAUAAUCCUGAAGGAGGAGCUGGAGAAAUCUGCAGCUCCUCUGAGGAGGAAAACUCGUUCUCUGCCGGACCGCAGUCAGAACGCCGGGUCCAACGCCUCCAAGUCAGUGUAUUUCCCAGCAUCCUCCAGGAGCGGCCUGUCCAGGCUGCAGUCAGCAGAGUUCAGCUCCUCUGAGAAAACUCCUGCAGGUCUUCAGAAUGGAGACUCCAGGAUGGACAGAGGAAACUCUCUCCCCAGCAUGCUGGAUCAUAAGAUUUACCCCUAUGAGACACUGGUGGUGACUCACCGAGGACGCAAUAAACUUCCUCCUGGUGUGGACCGGACCAGACUGGAGAAACAUCUCUCUCAGGAGGAGUUCUUCAGCGUCUUCGGGAUGUCCAUCGAGGACUUCGACUGCCUCUCUUUCUGGAAGAGGAACGAGCUGAAGAAGAAGGUCUGUCUGUUCUAACGCCGCCGGGACGGAGCGUCCCACAAUCCCCUGCUCCUCCCGGACCGACCGGUGGUUCAGCGAGCGGACUCCGACCGUCACCACCGGACGCCAGUGCCAUCGGUUUGCAGAGACGCUGAGUGGUUUUAGAGUUCUGCUGCACACAUUAGCAUCACCUGGUUUAGCUUAGAGAGCUGCAGAGCUUCAUCACCCAACAAGACCACUGAGCCAAUCAGAGACCUGCAGGGGACGAGGUCGGAGCACGCUCAGUGGUCUCGUUGUAUCUUCUGGGAUGUGGGGUUCCUUCUUUACGGAUGUCCGAAGGUUUCCACCCCCCCCUUAAACCCUCCGAAUCCUUCCUGAGCUGCAACAUUCCCGCUGACCCAGAGUCAGUUUUCAACUGUUUGCAUCUUUAAAAGGAUUCUUUCUAUUGGCUCAGCCAGCUAUGAUGUCACAGCGACAGCAUUUCCUUCCCAGCACCGAAGAAUAAAACAAGGAGGCGGUUUGAUCGCAGGAAACUUUAAACUUUUUAUUUUAGCUAAAAACACGACAGGAAACAUACAACUUCAAUCACUGAGACAAACAAUAAAACAUGAGGUUAAACAAUAUUUAUCAUCAGCUGGAAGGAUCAUCCAGAAUGAAAACAAUAAUAAUAACGUUUGUAUGGAUCUGAAAUGGUGCAUCCGUUUAAUGUAAGAAAAAGAGCCAACAAUGUGACUGAUGUGCAUUUCUAUUAAAUAUUCAUAUUAACUAUUUAUAUUAACUACAUUAACUAUUUAUUUGACCUAUUUUAUGGUAAGUUGCAGCUCUUCUGGUUGUCGUUUGUAUUUUUCAAGAAAAGAUGUCAAACACUUAAUGAUUCCAGCUUCUCAUGUGUAAGCACCUCAUUUAUUUUUAACAAUUUCAGGUUUGGAUCAUUUCUUCUAAUCAGUCAUUUAAUCAAGACAGAAUAAUCGGCUAUCGGCUGGAGUCAAAAACCUCGUUAAUCAUUCAUCAAUAAUCAGCUGCAAUCAGACCAACUCCUCCUUGUUUGUUCUUCCUAGUUCAGCAGAAGCCACUGCCACACACACACACACACACACACACACACACACACACACACACACACACACACACACACACACACACACACACACACACACACACACACACACACACACACACACACACACACACACAGACACACAGACACAAACACGCACGCACACACACACACAGACGCACACACACACACACAGACGCACACACACACAGACACACAGACACACACACACACACACACACACACAGACACAAACACGCACGCACGCACGCACGCACACAGACGCACACACACACACACACAGACGCACACACACACACAGACACACAGACACACACACACAGACACAAACACGCACGCACACACACACACAGACGCACACACACACACACAGACGCACACACACACAGACACAAACACGCACGCACACACACACACAGACGCACACACACACACAGACGCACACACACACACAGACACACAGACACACACACACACACACACACACAGACACACACACACACACACACACACACACAGACACAAACACGCACGCACGCACGCACGCACGCACGCACACAGACGCACACACACACACACAGACGCACACACACACACGCACACACACACACACAGACACACACACACACACACACACACAGACGCACACACACAGACACACACACACACACACACACACAGACGCACACACACAGACACACACAGACGCACACACACACACACACACACACACACAGACACACACACACACACACACACACACAGACGCACACACACAGACACACACAGACGCACACACACACACACAGACGCACACACACACACACACACACACACACACACACAGACGCACACACACACACACACACACACACAGCUGAUGGAUGUUUGCGAUGGCGUCGGACUCUCGGUGGUUCUGGUUCGUCCGUCAGCAGGUUGGGGGCGUCGCCAGCGUUGCUUAGUGACCAAAUGAUGUGCAGCUAUUUUUUAACCUAUUUAGAGAAGUGGCAUGUUUGUUCUUAACUAAAUGAAAAGUGUAGAAAUCAUCUUUCAGGACAUGUAUGUUGGACAGAAAAUGACGGAUGGAGGCGACUCUUGCUGGACUCUUCGGAGGUUUUUGAACCAAAAGACGACAGAAGGAAUGAUGGGACAUUUUACUGAUCUUCUCCACUUCAGUGUUUGUACCAACGUUGAGUAUUAGCAUCCACCAGCAACAGGUUGAACAUUAAUCUGCACCGCAACACGUGAAUAUUUAACACCUUUAGCUGCUUAAACCCACACAGCCGUCGAUAUACGUCUGAACCGGAUUUAUUGAUGACCAAGUACAGAUAAAUCACAGCUGAUCAAUACAUGCAGCUCACUGUAGCGGCUGUAGAGAAACUUCAAUUUAUGGGAUUCACAUUCAUUUUCAGUAACUUUUCAUCGCAAUUAGUUACUUUGAGUGAUUCAGAUUCAGUUUGCAGUGACAGAUGUGUGUCUCAGGAAAUUCAUUUGAGCAACAAGCCUGAAUCUGAAUUAACCCGUUUUAGAGAAACUGGACUCACUUUCACUCUAAUGGAAUCUUACAUUAUGUUAACCAAAUUCAAUCACUGCAUUUGAGAAUUUCACAUUCAGACAGAAAUUAUUCAAAUAAUUUUUUUAUAUUUCUGCCAGUCGAGGUUCUUGAACUUGAGUAAGUUUGUACUUCCAUCAUGUUUCCUUCCAAUCUGACCUGAUGUUUUUUUAUUGUCGCUGUUUAAUUUACAGAACUGACCUUUAAAUCUGAGUUCAGUGGCUCAGACCUGUGUGAGGUUUAACUGAGAACCGAUUCACUCUCACUGCAUUGAUUUAAAGAAAUGGAAACCCACCGCCACCACGUCCACCGCCAUGCCGGCCGCUUCACGUGUCUGUGGAACAACUAAAGACUAAAAACUAAAAGAUGUCAACGCUGGCUGGAGGGUUGUCAGAGUGAAAGAGCAUCGGUCACUUUACGUUGAGAUGAUUUCCUGUUUUCUUUCUUUUCGUUUGAGGAAUGAUUCUGACGCCGCUUCCUAAUACUGAGAGCUUUGUUCUGAUUGGUUGAUGUGGUUAGAAACAGGAAGCGAGUUGCUGUGACUGACGCCAUGAUGACACAAAGAUUGUUUUUUCUUUUUGUACAUUUUGAGGUGUUUUUUUCUGUUUUUGUUGAGCUGUUUUGACUCGCAGGGCGGCUUCAACCAGUCUGAUCAUCUUUAACUGCUGACGUCAAGGUGAUGAUGUCACAUUUUUACUCAAUCUUUAUUUAAACGACGCCGGCAGUUACAGGUUCAAACCAAGUCUUUGCUCGUGUUUAUGAAACUAAACUUGAAGGAAAACUAUAUAAACCAUGUGCUUAAAUCUACCCUUCACAUUUGUACUUUCUCUCUUUUAAAACAAUCCCUCAGUGCUUCAUUGUUCUACACAUAAAAGUUAAUUUUAUUCAAAUCUUCAGCAGAAAGAAACACGAUACGAGCAACAGUUUUUGUUUUGACUGGUCAGGAUGGUGUUACAGACCUUAAAUAUAAUGAUGCUGUUCGUGAAAUUUUACUUCCAGAAACAGCUGCUGUUCUUUUCACUAGUCCACACUGAGUUGUGGGUAUUUCUAACUGGUCAGAAAAACUUCACUGAUAUCUGGAAUAAAAACUCUCCUCACCAAUCAGAGCGACAUCGUUGAUCAUUUUAUUUAUAACUGGCCAUACUGAUUGUAAAUUAAAAUGCCAAAUUUAUUCUUGUUGUUGGUUUGCAGUCUGAUUGAUCCCAAAUAAAAAUCCUGUCAAGCGCUUAAAUACAAAAAAUGGCCUCUAUUUUUAAUUUUAAUGCUUCAGUGAAUGUAUUACCCUGUCAGAUCAGUUCAGAGAGGUAAAAAAAGUUUAAUUAUUUAACCCUCCUGUUGUCCUCAUUUAUGGACACCAAAAAAUAUUGUUUCCUUGCCUGAAAAAAAUCCCAAAAUUUAGCAAAAAAUUCCCCAAAUUUCUGAAAAUUUGCAAAACCUUCAGGAAGAAUAUUCCAACAAUUCCUGAAAAGUUUCCCUUAAAAGUUUUAUUAAAAAAAAAAAAAAAAAAAAAAGAAGUCCCCCAAAUUUGGCAAGAAAAUUCUUGUAAAUAUUUAAAAAAAAAAAAAAAAAAGUAAAAAAUCUUCCAAAAAAACCCUAAAAAUAUCUAAAGUGAUUCCAUAUAUAUCAGUAAAACUUAUAUUUUCUUUAAGAACAUUCACAAAAAAAAUCAACCAAAAUCCAGCGAAAUGUAGGAUUAAAGUUUUCUCUUUACAUUUUAAUUUACACUUUUUACUUUUUGUAGUUUGAUAAGUACGAGCCGAAAGGUCAGAGGUCAGACAGAGGUCAGACAGAGGUCAGAGGUCAGACAGAGGUCAGAGGUCAGACAGAGGUCAGACAGAGGUCAGACAGAGGUCAGAGGUCAGACAGAGGUCAGACAGAGGUCAGAGGUCAGACAGAGGUCAGACAGAGGUCAGAGGUCGUAGGUGGUCCUGGUUGACGUCUGCGGUUUGAAGCCGUCCUGCUGCUCUAUUUGCUGAACACUGAAUGAUUAAUAUUCUAGUUGCUGUUGUCAUUUUCACAUGUUGCUGCUGUAACAGACGAAUGGUGACAUGAUGAUUAACCAGGAGUUACAAUAAAGAACAUUUCUAUCGGC